AUGGGUGGUCGAAUCGAAUGCUACCUUGACAUCACGUCCAUGUACAGCUAUCUGGGUUUUCUCGAACUGCUCAAAAACCGGGAGGCGCUUGCAUCACAUAAUGUCGAGAUCGAGUAUCACCCCGUGCUGCUCGGCGCCAUCAACGCAGAAUCAGGCAACGGCGGGGAUGCAGGAAACAAGCCGCCAUGGAUGCUGCCUGCAAAAGCGACGUACUUAGUCUAUGACAUGCAACGAUCGAUAGCUCGCUUUCCUGGUCUCGUGCUUCAGGCCCCAGAGGACCUGAUGGCCGUGUCCAUGACCGUCGCCCCGCUGCGAGCUCUCCACUUUAUCAAGCGCAAGUACCCCCGCAAGACGUUCGAAACUAGCCUGCACUACCUCUUCCACUGCUUCUGGACGCCGCCCAACGCGAAUCUGUGCCCCCCGGAAAACCUAGCCACAGCCCUGUCCGAGGUGCCUGCGGAUUUCGGCAGUAUUCCGGCAAGAGCCAGCAGCACAGCGGCGCCGCUUUUCAGCGCAGACGAGGUGCAGGCCAUCGUGGCAGCCACGUCGUCGCAAGAGGUCAAGGAGCAGCUCAAAGCAGCUACCAAAGAAGCUCUCGACCGAGGGGCAUUUGGCAACCCUUGGCUGUGGGUGACUAACAAUCGCACGGGCAAAGCCGAGCCCUUCUUCGGAAGCGAUAGAUUCCACUUCGUCUACAAGUUCCUGGAUCUCCCUUUCCAAGACGUUACCCUGCUGUCCUCUUCUCUGGAACAGGUGAGUACGGGGGAUAAGCCGAAGCUUUGA